AUGAGAUAUCUACCGAGCUUCGCAUCUGCCAGCACCUUGGCGUUCCUGUUGGAUCUGCCCGCCGGCGGCUAUGCUCAAGCCAAUGUUAUCGGACCUGCCGACUUUUCGACAUGGUUCAACAUGACCGAAUUCCCCAACGCCCAAGCGAGCAAUGUGUCCAAAUACAUGUCCGAGGCCGUGGCCGUCUCCCAACCAGAUUUGUUCCAGCACUUUCUCAUUCGCUGCGUCGACGCCCAAAAGUACCCUGCAGUUCUGAAUGGUAUGCAUCCAAACGGCUUUAUCGCACCAGCGCGGCCCUUUCAGUCGCUGUUCUUUGUCGGCCAAUCUCACGUGUCAUCAUGGGCUGUAGACACUGGCGACGGCUUGGUCAUCAUCGACACGCUCGACAACCCGGACGAAGUCAAGAAGGUGCUGCUCCCAGGUCUCGAGACCUUCGGGUAUACUGGUCACGAUAUCAAGGCUGUUCUCAUAACACAUGAGCACUCAGACCACUAUGGAGGUGCCGGUUACCUUCAAUCUACCUUUGGCAUGAGCGUCUACGCCUCUGAGGCUGCGUGGACGACCAUGGCUCUCACCAAAGGAACGCCGAAGAAAGACAAGCACUCCGAUCGGCAUACCGUGGGCUUCUACGGCGGCGGCGGGAUUCCCUCAAGCGCCGAGGCCAAGUCGCAGCAAGUACAAUCCUUCAGCAAGUUUAGCACAGUGGCUCAAAAGUUAGGCGCCGACGUUCUACUCAGCAACCACCAAGAUCAGGACCAGUCUAUACAGAACUUUGAUAUUAUCAACGCUCACCAGGGUGGGGGCAUGGACGGAAGCCAUCGAGGCAACUUUGUGAAUCCCUUUGUCAUUGGUGUAGACGCAUACAGCCGGUAUCUGAAGGUUAUGCAAACAUGCGUUCGCGUUCAAGUGGCGCGUAUCAACCAGUUCUUAACUGUUUAA